UAACAUGUAUGAUUGAAGUUACAUGUAUGAAGAGAAUAACUACCUUCAGCUGUAAUUAUGCCUAAAAUAUUGUGCUUUGUACUGGUACUCACCUUUGUUAGUCUUGGGAGAUGCCUGAUAGAACAACUAGAACUUCCUCCGUUUUUAAAAGAAUGUAUAGUCAUGAAAACACAGCAUCAGAAUGUGAAAAUAUCGCCAAGUGAAUCGGUUUGCAAUACUUGUUUAACACGAUAUAUGUGGAUAAAAGGACCAAACUUAAAAAAUUGUUACAGUGUUAAAGGUAAUACAUCUAUGACAGAUAUUACAAAUUUCUUCGGAAAACUUCUCUGCAAAGAAAAUUCAGCAACACGUACAAAGCGAGAUGCCAGUAAAAUUCGAUACCGUAAAGAAAUAAGAAUGUUAACAAAGAUGGAAAGGUUACGAUUACGGAAAGCCUGGAACAAUGCUACCAAAAGUGGGUCAUAUGCAUGGCUUGCUAAAUUUCACAACGAGCAAGUUAGAACGUCCGCUCAUCAUGGACCUGCCUUUCUAGGGUACCAUAGAUUCCUGAUACUGAUUUUGGAACUAAUUUUGCAGCAAUUUGAUCCUUUGGUGACGCUUCCGUAUUGGAAUUCAGGUUUGGAUGCCAAUAUGGAUAAAUCGGAAAAUUCUAUUCUAUGGACGGAUGAAUAUCUUGGAGAAUUUAGUGGAGUAGUUAAAACAGGUCUUUGUGGUGGUGCCAAGGAUAACAGUGGAAACCCAGUAAUAAGGAAUGGCGGCAAUGCAGGAUCAUUAUUUACUUUCGCCGAAGCAAGGGAUGUGAUGAAUAUGCCAGACGUUAACAGUCUAGUCGAACCGUCUCCUUAUAACACCAUCGAAUCUUAUCAUGACGAUGUGCACAAUUACGUAGGCGGAUCAAUGGCACCGAUUGAAUCAGCACCCUGGGAUUGUAUUUUCUGGCUUCACCAUGUCUAUGUAGAUUAUUUAUGGGAAGUAUGGAGGUAUACUCACAAAUACAAUACUACCUAUCCAACAAAAGCCGGAAUGGAAGCUCAAAAUCCUAACAUUACAAUAAAGAAUAUGCCUUUCAUAAAAUUUCUUGGACGUGUUCCCCAGAACAGUGAUGGAUCUGGUGUACAGCUUGCGAGACAAAGCUACUACCAUCUUUCACCAACUUGCUCAAAAGACCAUACUGAUUGUGGUUCGCCUGAUUUGCAAUGUAAAAUAAAGAAGUCGAGUACAGAAUGCGCAUCUGUCGACAGAUUUUUGAAAAAACAAACACAGCCUUUUGUUGAUGCCAAAAAACAUAAAAAAGUUCAAAUAAAAUACAGUAAUAAACGCAACAAAAAUAAAAAACGCGGGAAAAGAGACACUCAUUAUCAUUCUACGGCAAUAGCUAAUAGUUUUAGUAUAACAAUAAAUGCGGACCAAAUAACAAACGUGUACGUUCCACAGGAACGUGAACCUUGUAUGGGUAAACCUAUCCAAAAUAAUUUUAUUGCAGAUUGUUCAACUGAUUCAAAACGUUGGGCAUUUAUACCAAUUAAAGUUGUUCAUCUUCGUCCAAGGGAAGUUCAUUUUGCAUCACAGACAAACGUUAAUAGACGACACCACCGAUAUGAUAUGUAUGAUGAACAUAAAUACAAAUAUUUGAGAAGACUCGUACAUCCGGGCAAUCCGGCGAAAUACCAAGAUUGUUUUGAAGACCAAUCAGGAGCAUUCAAGGUCAGAUUGAAGUCAUCUGGGUUAAGUUACUUUGGUAUAUAUACAGAUUACGUUUUUGUCGAUAACAGACUUCCGGUUUCUUCCCAUAUUGGCUACAUUGCUAUCGAAAAACCUACAGUGAAUAAACCGACGGAAGUCCUAGUAACUGCAUCCGACGCAUGCGGACGAUUGUGUAAACCGACCUGCCGCAGACAAGAAGGGGGUCAUGUCUUUUAUGUCCCUUGUUCUGGAGCUAUCAAAGUAACCAAACAGAGUCCACUUAUGUAUGGAAACGACUUUGGAGAUGCUGUAUUAUCAAUUUGGCGAUUCCAAGGCACAUAUACACCUAGAGACAGAGAGUCAAAUAUUUAUAUAGAGUUUUUUUGUGAUUAUUCAAAUGAAUGGAUAUGGAAAACGUGUCACAAAUAAUUGCUCAAAUUAAGUUUUGAAUGAUAAUAUGUUAUAUGAACAAGAGAUUGAUUAAGAAGUGAAUGCUACUUUGAAAAUGAUAAGGAUAUAAUUGAUCCUUCUCUUUUACACACUUUCCAAAUUGUAUUUCAAUCUGUACGUCGGGGUGUUAUUGUAAAAAAAAUCCACAAAAGUUUAUAUUUUUUGUCUGUCAAAAAUACUUCUUAAAAAAUUGACCAUUACCAUUAAA